AGAGAGAGAGAGAGAGAGAGAGAGAGAGAGAGAGAGAGAGAGAGACGGAUAUCUCAGGUCAUCUGCAGCUGCAGCAAGCCAGCGAAGGAGAGGAAAGCAGGAAAGAUGGCGAUCCUCCAUUGCUGAGACCUGGCAAAAGCACAUGAGACUCACAAACAACUUCCACAACAAUAACAAGAACAAGAAGAGCAGGAAGAGGAGAAAGAGAAAGAGGAGAAGGAGGCAGCAGAGCACCAGAAGCAGCAGCAGCUCACAGCUCCGGGACGCUCCUAAUUUCCUAAUGUAAAGGAAUAAACCCAGAUCAUGGAGGUACUGCAGUGUGAUGGCUGUGAUUUCAGAGCCCCAUCCUAUGAAGACCUCAAAGCUCAUAUUCAGGAUGUCCAUACUGCAUUUCUGCAACCAACGGAUGUUGCUGAGGACAAUAUUGAGCCACGCUCUGGAUCUGUGAAUGCCAGUAAUCAGACAGAGGUGGAAUUUUCUACUGUAAAGGAUGAAUUCACAAUUGCAGAAGAUAUAUCAGGUCAAAAUGCAGCUACCAUGGGGACUGGAAGUUACUAUGGUCACAGCCCAGGUUAUUAUGGUCACAUCGCCCCUCAUCCGAAGCCAACAAGUAAAUUUUUCCAGUGCAAGUUCUGUGUUCGUUACUUCAGGUCAAAAAACCUCCUCAUAGAACACACUAGGAAGGUCCAUGGUGCACAGGCUGGUGGAAAUUCACUUGGGCCUUCUGCCACCGGAUCCUUAAAUUAUAAUAUCAUGAUGCAUGAAGGAUUUGGAAAGGUCUUCUCUUGCCAGUUUUGUACCUACAAGUCUCCAAGGAGGGCAAGAAUCAUCAAGCAUCAGAAGAUGUAUCACAAAAAUAACCUGAAAGAGACCUCUGCUCCCCCAAGCACACCCCCUUCACUGUCUGACCCUGUGGCUGCAUCGGUCCCAGUACAAGACCCCUGCAAAGAACUUCCAGCUGAGGUGGUAGAGCGCAGUAUCUUGGAAUCCAUGGUUAAACCCUUGACCAAGUCAAGGGGCAACUUUUGCUGUGAAUGGUGUAGCUAUCAGACCCCCCGUCGAGAACGCUGGUGUGACCAUAUGAUGAAGAAGCAUCGAAGCAUGGUCAAAAUCCUAUCCACUUUGAGGCAACAACAAGAAGGAACCAACCUACCUGAUGUUCAGAAGAGUUCCCCGAGUCCUGUCCCAAAUUCCAGCUACGUAUCCAUGAAUGCUGCAAGCCGGGAGAUGCCCAAUGCCAAUGUUUCUAGUUUCCGGGGUUCCAUGGGCAACUCUCUCAUUAGAUCCAGUUCUUCUCCAGCUUCUAAAUAUUCUCCUGUGUCUUAUCCUCCAAUAAAGCCUAAGUCACCUCACAAUUCUGGCCUAGUUAACUUGCCUGAGAGAUCCCGUUACGGAAUGGCUGACAUGACAAAUUCUUCCACUGACCUGGAAACUAACAGCAUGUUAAAUGAUUCUAGUUCUGAUGAAGAAUUAAAUGAAAUAGACAGUGAGAAUGGCUUGAAUUCUAUGGAUCACCAGACCUCAGGAAUGUCUGCAGAACAACUGAUGGGAUCCGAUGGGAACAAAUUAUUGGAAACAAAGGGGAUACCUUUUAGAAGAUACAUGAAUAGGUUCCAGUGCCCUUUUUGUCCUUUCCUUACCAUGCAUCGACGUAGCAUCUCCCGCCAUAUUGAAAACAUCCACUUGUCUGGAAAGACGGCCGUCUACAAAUGUGAUGAAUGUCCAUUUACUUGCAAGAGUUCAUUAAAACUUGGAGCUCAUAAACAGUGUCACACAGGUACGACAUCUGAUUGGGAUGCUGUGAAUUCCCAAGGUGAAAGUAUUUCUGCCUCACUAAACGAAGGCCCGAUGUCUUAUGAAAGUGCAAAUAUGAAUGGUAGGAAGACGGGAGUCAUGCUAGACACCUUGCAGCAGCAGCAGCAGCAACAGCAGCAGCCGCAACAUCAACAAUCUCAACCGCAGCAGCCCCAGCAGCCGCAGCCCCAGCCGCAGCCCCCGCUGCCCCAGCCACAGCAGCAGCAGCUGCCGCAGCCACCACCACCACCACCGCCACCUCCACCGCCACCUCCACCAACACAGUCCCAACCUCAACACCCUUACAAAUGUACCAUGUGUAAUUAUUCCACGACAACUCUGAAGGGUCUCCGAGUCCAUCAGCAGCACAAACAUUCGUUCUGUGACAACUUGCCAAAAUAUGAGGGGCAACCCUCAAAUAUACCAUUGGAAAGUGAGACUGACGGCCACACCUCUUCCAGCAACACUGUGAAGAAAAGUCAGACCUCAAUUCUUGGCCUAUCCUCCAAGAAUAACUUCGUCGCUAAGGUUCCGAGGAAGAUUUCAAAUGAUUUCCCUCUAGAUUUAUCACCGGUGAAGAAGAGAACGCGAAUUGACGAGAUAGCGAGCAACCUGCAGAGCAAAAUUAACCAAACCAAGCAGCAGGAAGAUGCAGUGAUCAAUGUGGAAGAUGAUGAAGAGGAAGAAGAAGAGAAUGAAGUGGAGAUUGAAGUGGAAUUAGACAGAGAAGAGGAGCCAACGGAGUCAAUGAUGGACGUUCCAAGUUCUUUUGCAGCUCAGCAGAUAUGGGCGAGAGAGAGUAAUGAUCCUCAGAAAGAAUCUAACUUCAGAAAUGUGCCACAUGAUUAUAAUGCCACCAAUGGGGCGGAGAUUGAGCUGACUCUCUCUGAAGAUGAAGAGGACUAUUACUGCGCUUCAGUGAACAUGAAAGAUCACCAAGCUUCAAAUACAGCUCUUCUCAACAACCAGCCCAGCAUAUAUGGUGCUGAUCACAACAAUGAAAGUGCAGAAUUCAAUGACUCUGGGAGGCUUUACUAUUGCAAACACUGUGACUUCAGUAACAAAUCUGCCAGAAGUGUCAGCACCCACUACCAGCGGAUGCACCCAUACAUUAAAUUCAGCUUUAGAUACAUUUUGGAUCCUAAUGAUCACAGCGCAGUGUACAGAUGCCUUGAAUGCUACAUCGACUACACAAAUUUUGAAGAUCUGCAGCAACAUUAUGGUGAACAUCAUCCCGAAGCAAUGAAUGUACUCAACUUCGAUCAUUCGGAUUUGAUCUAUCGAUGUCGUUUUUGUUCAUACACGAGCCCGAAUGUUAGAAGCCUGAUGCCACAUUACCAAAGAAUGCAUCCAACUGUUAAAAUUAACAAUGCCAUGAUAUUCUCGAGCUAUGUGGUGGAACAGCAAGAGGGACUCAAUGCUGAGUCACAGACCCUGAGGGAGAUUCUGAAUUCUGCUCCCAAAAACAUGGCCACAUCUACCCCAGUGGCUCGCGGGGGUGGAGUACCAACAGCAUUUGGUAAGAACACUCCUUCAAAGACUUUCACUACAGAAUGUGAAAAUCAGAAAGACCCUUCGGUCAACACCGUUGUCGUUUAUGACUGUGAUGUGUGUUCGUUUGCAAGCCCGAACAUGCAUUCGGUAUUGGUUCAUUAUCAGAAGAAACACCCUGAAGAAAAGGCUUCCUACUUUAGAAUCCAGAAAACCAUGCGCGUGGUGUCUGUGGACAGAGGCUCUGCCCUUUCUCAGCUAUCCUUUGAGGUGGGUGCUCCAAUAUCUCCCAAAAUGCCCAACAUGGCUUCCCCGCCCCCCCCACAACCCCCACCACCAGACCUCAGCACUGAGCUUUACUACUGCAAACACUGUUCCUACAGCAAUCGGUCAGUUGUGGGGGUGCUUGUCCAUUACCAGAAAAGACAUCCAGAAAUUAAGGUUACUGCCAAAUAUAUCAGACAGGCCCCUCCUACGGCAGCCAUGAUGAGAGGCGCCGAGGUGCCCCAUGGUGCCCCGAGGCCACCUGUCCCCAUGCAAAGAUUGAGCCGAGGCAGCUCAGAAAGAGAUGUCCCUCCUGUGGAGAAUGAGAUGUUCUUUUGCCAGCACUGUGAUUACGGAAACCGUACGGUGAAAGGAGUGCUCAUUCACUAUCAGAAGAAGCACCGAGACUUCAAGGCCAAUGCGGAUGUCAUCCGGCAGCACACAGCUACCAUUCGGAGCCUCUGUGACCGUGGUCAGAAGAAAUCUGGUGGCUGUAUGCUUGUCCCUUCCUCCAGUACGGAACGGGAGAAAGCAAAACUUCGAGCUCUUAAGUGCAGGCAGUGUUCUUACACCUCCCCUUACUUCUAUGCACUGAGGAAGCAUAUCAAGAAAGACCACCCCAGCCUCAAGGCCACAGUUACUUCCAUUUUGAGAUGGGCAUUUCUAGACGGCUUAAUAGAAGCUGGCUAUCACUGUGAAUGGUGUAUUUAUUCGCACACAGAGCCCAGCGGUUUGCUUCUGCAUUACCAAAGGAGGCAUCCUGAGCAUUACGUUGACUAUACAUACAUGGCAACGAAGCUCUGGGCAGGGCCAGAUCCAUCCCCUCCUUCCCUCACGAUGACCGCUGAAGCCAAAACUUACAAAUGCAGGGACUGUAUUUUUGAAGCCUCUUCCAUUUGGGAUAUCACCAAUCACUACCAAGCUUUCCACCCUUGGGCCAUGAAUGGCGAUGAGUCCGUCUUGCUGGAUAUCAUCAAGGAGAAAGAUGCUGCUGAGAAAGUCAUCACACCCUCCGAAGAGAUGCCCAGCCAGGUCAAUUGUGAAAAUAAGAUGAUUUCCCCCCUUCCUGAGCAAGAUGCCGAAUGCACAGAGGAUGCGAGGCUCUCCCCAGAAAAAAGCAUCCAGUUGACCUCAGCUAAUCCUGCCAUAUCCUCUACCCCCUAUCAGUGUACGGUCUGUCAAUCUGAAUAUAAUAACUUACACGGUCUUCUCACCCAUUAUGGCAAGAAACACCCAGGCAUGAAGGUGAAAGCUGCAGAUUUUGCCCAGGACAUAGACAUCAACCCCGGUGCUGUUUACAAGUGUAGGCAUUGUCCAUACAUCAACACCCGCAUCCAUGGAGUCCUCACUCACUAUCAGAAGAGACAUCCAUCAAUCAAGGUGACUGCAGAAGAUUUCGUGCACGAUGUGGAACAGUCUGCUGACAUGACCCAGACUGAAGUAGAGGAGACGAGCAGGAUUUUCAAGCAGGGAUACGGUGCUUACAGGUGCAAACUCUGCCCUUACACUCACGGUACUUUGGAGAAGCUCAAGAUUCACUAUGAGAAGUAUCACAACCAGCCGGAAUUUGAUGUGUUUGCCCAGUCACCCCCUAAGGUGGCCGUCACCCUGGAGCCUGAGAUGCCAGCAGCAGAAGUCAGUCCCUCCCAAGUCCCUACUGCCGAUGAAGAAGUAGCAGAAGUGUCUAUGCCCGCUUCUCAUUUCUCUGCUUCCCACCUGGUCUCCCACACCGUGUUCCGGUGCCAGCUUUGCAAAUACUUCUGUUCCACGAGGAAAGGGAUCGCCCGACACUAUCGAAUCAAGCACAACAACGUCCGGGCCCAGCCAGAGGGGAAAAACAACCUGUUCAAAUGUGCUUUGUGUUCUUACACCAACCCCAUCCGGAAGGGUCUGGCAGCCCACUACCAGAAACGGCACGACAUCGAUGCUUACUACACCCACUGCUUGGCGGCCUCUAGGACAGUGAGUGACAAACCGAGUAAGGUGAUUAUCCCCUCUCCUCCCAAGGAUGACUCCCCUCAGUUGAGCGAAGAGCUAAGGAGGGCAGUGGAGAAAAAAAAGUGUUCCCUCUGUUCCUUCCAAUCCUUCAGCAAGAAAGGCAUCGUGUCCCAUUACAUGAAGCGUCACCCUGGGGUGUUCCCAAAGAAGCAGCAUGCCAGCAAGCUGGGUGGUUACUUCACCGCCGUCUAUGCCGACGAGAAUGAAAAGCCAGCCCUGCUGGAGGAGGAGCAGCCCGAAUUCGAGAGGCCUGAUCUGGAGACCACCGCUGAGGCACAAGAAAUCGAGUGGUUGCCCUUCCGCUGCAUCAAGUGUUUCAAGCUGUCCUUCAGCACAGCGGAGCUGCUGUGCAUGCAUUACACCGACCACCACAGCAAGGACCUGAAGAGAGACUUCAUCAUCCUGGGGAAUGGCACCCGCUCUCUGGGCUCUGCCUUUCAGUGUAAGCACUGUGAUAGUAGACUGCAAAGUAUGGCAGAACUGACCUCACACUUGAACAGUCACAAUGAGGAAUUCCAGAAGCGUGCCAAACGUCAGGAGAGGAGGAAACAGCUUUUGAGCAAGCAGAAAUAUGCAGAUGGUGCUUUUGCAGAUUUCAAACAAGAGAGGCCUUUUGGUCACUUAGAAGAGGUGCCAAAGAUCAAGGAGAGGAAAGUUGUGGGAUACAAAUGUAAGUUCUGCGUGGAAGUGCACCCAACGCUCCGCGCCAUCUGCAAUCACCUCCGCAAGCACGUCCAGUACGGGAAUGUCCCUUCAGUGUCAGCUGCUGUGAAGGAGGUUGAAGAGUCUUCAAACUUAAUUCUGGACGGCUUGAAGGAAGCCAAAGAUACCAGUGGGUUGCUGGACCAGGUGGAUGGUGAACACUACUUAGUAGAUGGAAUGUUGGAAGAUGAUACCCGGCCGGGGGGAUACCAUUGUAGUCAAUGUGACCGAGUGCUGAUGUCCAUGCAGGGGCUGCGUUCUCACGAAAGGAGCCAUUUGGCAUUGGCCAUGUUUACCCGGGAAGACAAGUACAGCUGCCAGUACUGUUCCUUUGUCUCUGCUUUCAGGCACAACCUGGAUCGCCAUAUGCAAACUCAUCACGGACACCAUAAACCGUUUCGCUGCAAACUCUGCUCCUUCAAAUCCUCCUAUAAUAGCCGACUGAAAACUCAUAUACUCAAAGCUCAUGCUGGUGAACAUGCCUACAGAUGUUCCUGGUGCUCAUUUUCCACCAUGACAAUCAGCCAGCUGAAAGAACACUCCCUUAAGAUCCAUGGGAAAGCCCUGACCCUCCCAAGACCACGCCUUGUCAGCCUUCUCUCCUCACAUGCCCACCACUCCUCACAAAAAGCUGCCUCUGCUGAAGAAGUAGAAGACUCCAAUGACUCUUCCUAUUCAGAGCCUCCAGAUGUUCAGCAGCAGUUGAACCACUAUCAGUCAGCUGCCCUGGCGAGGAACAAUAACAGUGUGAGCCCCGUACCUCUUUCUGGGGCCACUGCCGGAGCUGAACAGAAAACCGAAGCCAUUCUUAACUGUGAAUUUUGUGAAUUCUCCUCUGGUUACAUUCAGAGCAUUAGGCGUCAUUACCGUGACAAGCAUGGAGGGAAGAAGCUGUUCAAGUGCAAAGAUUGCUCCUUUUAUACAGGUUUUAAAUCUGCUUUUACUAUGCACGUGGAAGCUGGGCAUUCCGCAGUUCCUGAGGAAGGUCCCAAAGACCUACGCUGUCCCCUCUGCCUCUACCACACCAAAUAUAAACGCAACAUGAUUGACCACAUCGUGCUGCAUCGAGAAGAGCGAGUUGUUCCCAUUGAAGUGUGCCGUUCCAAACUGUCAAAAUACUUGCAGGGAGUAGUUUUCCGCUGUGAUAAGUGUACCUUCACCUGCUCCAGCGAUGAGAGCUUGCAGCAGCACAUUGAGAAGCACAAUGAACUAAAACCUUACAAAUGCCAACUCUGCUACUACGAGACCAAACACACGGAGGAGCUGGAUGGCCACCUUCGAGAUGAACAUAAGGUAAGCCGUAACUUUGAACUGGUUGGACGAGUUAACUUGGAUCAGUUGGAGCAAAUGAAGGAGAAAAUGGAGAUGUCCAGCAGUGAUGAGGAAGAAGACAAGGAAGAAGAAAUGAACAGCAAAGAUCUUAUGAGGUUUUCUGAGGGCAGGGUUUGCUCUGAAAAACGAUUUCCAUGCGAGUUCUGUGGACGGGCAUUUGCACAGGGCUCCGAGUGGGAAAGGCAUGUGCUGAGACACGGCAUGUCUCUGAAUGACAACAAGCAAGUGAGCAGAGAGGAUGACCAUCCAAAGGAGAACUUGGAGGAAACCGCUAAGAUUACAUUAACAGAAGAAAGAGAAGGUGAAGUGGAGGUGGAGAUGGACUUUUCCCUGAAGGAUGAAACAGUAGCAGUCUGUGUGGUAGCUGCUGACAAAUCUCUCCUGGAGAAUGCAGAGGCCAAAAACGAAUAAGCAUUUGUUGUGAUUCUUAAUCAAACCCUACUUGAACAUCGA